AUUCAACGCAAGCAUUCACAGAAUACUUUAAGUACUAAACCAAUUUUAACACAAUCCUCGCAAGAAAUAUCAGAUGAUGAUUUUAAUGAAGAUAACGAUGAUGAUAAUUUUGAUGAUAAUGCUACUGAUGAUUAUACAUCAAAUGAUCAUAGUACGCCAGCACAUAUUCCUGCUGAAACAACUGCAAAAUUUAGUAAGGAAGAAGAAGAACGACUAAGAAUUGAAGUUGAAGAAGAAGAUCGAAAAAGGAAAUUACAAUUAUAUGUUUUCGUUGCAAAAUGUAUCGCUUAUCAUUUUAAUGCUAAGCAACCAACCGAUAUGACAAGAAGACAAAUGAAAGUAAGUAAACAAGAAUUGGGAAGAAUUCGAGAACGUUUUCAAAUUUUUUUAAAAGGUGAAACACAAAUUGUCGCCGAUGAAGCAUUUAUUAAAGCAGUUGAUUCCUAUUUAGAGGUGUUUUUAAAAUCUGAACGUGUUCAAAAAGUCGUAUUAGCUGGUGGAUUCUCUCAUUUCGAUUUUCGCGAAGUCUUUCGUUCAAACGUUGAAAAACGUAUUAGAUCAUUACCGGAAAUUGACGGUCUUUCAAAAGAAACAGUAUUAAAUAGUUGGAUGACGAAAUUCGAUACGAUUAUAAGAGGCGAUGAAGAUGCGGUUCAAGCGCGACAAUCAAGAAGUCGUUUACGUACUGCGAAUCAAACAAAUACCGAUUUAACACUAUUGAAAGAUCAACUUUACGAUGUUUUUCAACAAAUUCUAAGCGUUAAAAAAUUUGAACAUCAAAUUAUAUUUAAUGCAUUACAACUAGAUAAUCCCGAUGAACAAGCUGCAGCAAUUCGUAGAGAAGUAACAACAAGAGAAGAAGCAUUACGCGAUAUCUCAAAGAUGAAAAAAUUGAUGCCGAAAUUUGUUGUCAAAGAUAUGGAAACGUUAUUUAUCGAUGAAACAAGGCAGUCAAUAAAUCUUUUAAUAAGUAAUCUCGAAUCGGUACCAGUAACACCGCGAAGUCAAGGAAUAGGUUCAAAGAAAAAGAAUGCACGUGGUAGAAAUAGGUGCGUCCUAAUCUUUUAA